CCGGGCCCCGGCUGGGGCUGCAGGAGGACGAGGGCGGGGACGCGGUGGGCUGUCCAGACCUCUGUGCAGGGCCUCGUUUCCUUAGGCGGAUAACAGGAGGAUGCCGUAGCUGAGGGGCGGUGGGAGGGAGGCGGGGACGGGAGCAUCCUGCCGUGCCGCCAGCAGCCCGGGGGCCGCGUGCUGUGGGUGCCGGCACGAAGCUCCGCCGUCCGUCAGCACGGGAGCUGCGGUUCUGGCUGCAGCGGCAGGAGCUCAGCGCAGCCCUGCACAGAGCGGUCCGGCAGCACGGGAAGAUGAUGACGGCCUGGAGCGCGAGUGCCUCAGCAGCGUCUGCAGCCUGCGAGGAGCCGAGCGGCGCUGGGGAGAGGAAGGUGUGGGAGUCCUGGGAAGGGACGCGCAAUGACAGCAUCAGCGGCAGGAUCAGCUGCUUCCUCCUCCUCUCCCGACACCGGGCACUGGUUUCCUUUGAGAAGCACUCCACUGUCACGUCUGUGGGGUUCUGCAGGACGCACAGACAUGGGUUGCCAGCUGCCGGUGGACCUGAACAAUAAGAGAUUGACCAAAACCUCGAGCGAUGGCAACAAUCAAGGGGGUCUCAAGUUUCAGCCCUGAGCAAGAAGCGCAGGCUCUCAGGAAGGCUAUGAAGGGCUUUGGCACGGAUGAAGAUGCCAUCAUUGACGUCUUGACCAAACUAAAUGUUUCCCAGCGUCAGCAAGUUCUGAUCACCUAUAAGAGCACUAUUGGCAGGGAUUUGAUUGAUGACUUGAAGUCGGAGCUGAGUGGGAAUUUUGAGAGGGUGAUCGUUGGGAUGAUGACUCCCACCACCAUGUAUGACGUGCACGAACUGAGGAGGGCUAUGAAGGGAGCAGGAACAGAUGAAGGUUGCCUGAUUGAAAUUCUGGCUUCUCGCACCAAUGGAGAGAUUCGUCGCAUUGCUGAGAACUACAAGCUUCAAUAUGGCUGCUCCCUUGAGGAUGACAUCGUAUCUGACACAUCUUCCAUGUUUCGAAGGGUCCUUGUGUCCCUUGCAACGGGAAACAGGGAUGAAGGAAUGUAUGUGGAUGAUGCCCUUGCUCAGCAAGAUGCUCAGUGCCUGUACGAAGCGGGGGAGAAGAAAUGGGGAACAGAUGAGGUGCAGUUUAUGUCCAUCCUCUGUACAAGGAACAGGUAUCACCUACUGAGAGUUUUUGAUUUGUACAGAGGCAUUGCUAACAAGGACAUAACAGACAGCAUUAAAUCUGAGAUGUCAGGAGACCUGGAAGAUGCUUUGCUGGCUGUGGUAAAGUGUAUGCGGAACAAGCCUGCGUACUUUGCUGAAAGACUGUAUAAAUCCAUGAAGGGCCUGGGAACAGACGACAGCACUCUGAUCAGAGUGAUGGUGUCCCGCUCCGAAAUUGAUAUGCUGGAUAUCAGAAGAGAAUUCCUGACCAUGUAUGGGAAGUCUCUGUACUCCUUCAUUAAGGGAGACUGCUCAGGAGACUACAGGAAAGUUCUGCUGAAGCUCUGUGGUGGCGAGGAUUGAAGGAUUCCUGGUGUAUGUCCUGUGCUAUGGGAAGGAGGGGAUCAUAAGGAUUUCUUACAAUUUGUUCUGUUUUUUUUUUCCUCUCAUUAACUGCUGAGUAGUGACUUUGAUUAAUUAAUGCUCUAGUUGGGUAAUGGAAGUUCCAUUUUACCCUUAACUUCUGCAUUUUUGCUUACAACACCCCUUUGUAUCUAAUCGAGCUAUAGAGUCUUGUUUAAACAGAAUGCUUUAACCAAAUCUUAACCAAAUAUGCAAGCUUUGUUAUUUCUUUGCAAGCUGUCCCUCUGCAUUUACCAGUAAAUCCUGUCAAAUGAAGCAAAUUUGGACACAGAAUGUAGGAAUUUGCAGAGGGAAGAAUUAACUUCGUCAUUACAUGGAGAGAAUGCAGCCCUUCAGGCUUCAGCUUUUGGAAGAUAAUUAACCCCCUCCAAAAAAGAAAUAAUCUAAAAUACAAUCAAAUUUGAUGCCAUAGUGGUCUUUUCCAACCUAAAUGAUUCUAGGGUCACCAAAUCCAAUGGCACCUCAUUCCCACCAUGCCCACUAAACACGUCCAUCAGUGCCACGCCUCCAUGGUGUGUAAAGCUCCAACUUGUCAGCUUGCUCUCUGAGUGUGGAGCACGACCAGCCGUGCUGGACUUCGUGUGUAUGUUGCCUGUGGCUCUGGAGGUGGGGAAGCUGCCCCAGGUGACUGCAGAAGGAACUUCAGCUGCACUGUGCCUGGUUACAGGUCAGCCUCAGAAUCUUGGUCUGUCUGCCUUGUCUGGUGGGAGUGUAAACCAUCAGGUUUGUGUGUCAAGCCUUUGCUCUCAAUCAAUUGCUGUCAUUGGAAGGAAUGCUGUCCACCUAUGAAGGAAUGACCUGUCCAUAAAGCAUGUCUCAUUAGCACUGCCUGAUGCCUCGUACUGAGCUGUUCUGGGGUCACAAACCAAAUGUGCCAGCACCUCCUGCUGGGACUCCUGGAUAGCACUGCCCUUAGAAACGCUGCUUUUGUGCCUUUGUGUGAUGUGAAAUUCCCUCCCAACCUCUGAAAUAAAUCUUUCCCCUAGGCUUAGCUCCCAUCUGCUAAGCUGUGAACCUA